CAUCUGGUUUCUAAAGCACGAUAAGAUGCUGCAAGGAAGUACGUCCACGGGAAAGUCUGUUACAUAAGUUUUACGAAAGACGUUGAUACGGUUCAUCCAGCCGUCGCCGCCUUACGAUUUACCGGACGUUUCACCUGGGCUGCGCGCGAGAAACCUGCAGUCACUCUUCCGACGCCGAAGAGGAAACACCUGCUGCGAGUCCCCAGCCAUCCGCCACCAUGGUCGCCACGCUCUAUUACAUGAAGCCCUCCCCUUUCACCCGGCCGGUCCUCCUGACCAUGAAGGCCCUCGGGGUCACGCUGGACCUCAAGGAAGUCAAUACCUUCAAGGGGGAGCAGCUGAAGCCCGAGUUCGUGGCCAUCAACCCGCAGCACACCGUGCCCACGCUGGUCGACGGAGACCUCACCGUCUGCGAAAGCAAAGCCAUCUGCACGUAUUUGAUAGCCAAGCACGGCAAGGACGACGACCCGCUCUACCCGAGGGACCCGAAGGUGCGCGCCAGGGUCGACAGCCUCCUGUACUUCGACAUGGGGACCCUCUGGUCUCGCUUCAGCGCCUACUUCUUCCCGAUCCGCUCCGGCAAGGCGACGCCCGAGGCGUCCCAGGAGAGCCUGGACAAGUUCCACGAGGCGCUGGGCUGGCUGGACAGCUUCCUGACGAGGGGCCGCUUCGCCGCCGGGACCGACCACGUGACCGUCGCCGACCUGGUGCUCGUGGCCAACGUGUCGGGCUUCGAGGCGGGCGGCCUCCUGCCCGACAAGUACUGCAACAUCCGGGCGUGGCUGGACAGGUGCAAGAGCGAGGUGGCCGGCUACGAGGAGGCCAACGGCGAGGGAGUCAAGUUCUUUGGCGAGUUCGUCAAGUCGACGCUGAAGGGGGCGCAAGCCUUGUGUUUUCGCUUCAUUCUUAAACAUACUAUUUACUCUAUGUUUAUAUCGAAGUUGCUGUCAGAUGUACUAAAGUGGGACCCAGCAGGUGUACUGAAAUAUAAUGCCGCAACUGUACACUGUGUCAUCAGACUACAUUAUAGCGAAGAUGUACAUGUUAAUCUAGUGGCUGUCGCCAGGAUGACCAUCGACUUCUACUACUUCUUGCCGUCGCCCUUCUGCCGCUCCGUCCUGCUCACCGCCCGCGCCCUCGGACUCAACCUUAACCUAAAGGAGACCAACGUGUGGGAGGGGGAGCAGAAGAAGCCCGAGUUCGUUGCCCUGAAUCCCCAGCACAGCGUCCCCACUCUAGUCGACGGAGACUUGACUCUGUGGGAAAGCCGGGCAAUCUGUACCUACCUGGUGUCUCGAUACGGCAAGGAUGACUCCCUUUACCCGCGGGACCCGAACGUGAGGGCCAGGAUCGACGGCCUCCUCUACUUCGAUAUGGGGACGCUGUGGCCUCGCUUCAGGAACACUCUUAGCGCCAGCCCGACGCAGGAGAGCCUGGACAAGUUCCACGAGGCGCUGGGCUGGCUGGACGGCUUCCUGGGCCGAGGCCGCUUCGCCGCCGGGACCGACCACGUGACCGUCGCCGACCACGUGCUGGUGGCCGACGUGGCUUCGUUCGAGGCGGCCGGACGCCUGCCGGGGACGCACCGGCAGAUCGGCGCCUGGCUGGAGAGAUGCAAGAGGGAGAUGCCCGGCUACGAGGAGGCCAACGGCAAGGGCGCGAGGAGGCUCGCCGAGCGCCUCCGGGCGACGCUGAGCGGCGGCUCGUAGGGAGGGACGGGGCAGGAGUCGGGCAUUGUGAAAGAGAGGCAAUGGGGCAGCCGCAAGUCUGAAUCGUAUUCGGGCUCAGAUAUAUGCAUAUCUAUAUUCCUAUAUACAUACAUACAUACAUACAUACAUACAUA